GGUCAGGUUUAACCUUCACCGAGACGGAGAGAAACAGAGACACCUGUACCAGCCUACCUGAGAGAACCAUAUAGACACCAUUGUACCUUGAGGCUUUUCUGAGAGGGACACUGACAGAUCUGAACCUACAGAAGAUCUUCACACCUGGUUGAAACCAAAACUUGCUUGCUGAAGGAGAAAGAGGUCUGACCUUAAUAAUUCUGGAAGUUGAAAAGUUGUGUUGACAUCAGUAUUUAUACAUCUGUUCUUGAGAAGCAACCGGCACGCCAUACCGCAGGUGGAUCGAAGACCCUGCUGGAAGACAUAUAGUCACAAAGCUUGGUUCUAGGGCAACACAACACUGAGAAACAGCUGUUGCCCAGUUCCAUGGCUGACCCUUCUAACAGUUGGUGGAAGCUGACUUUUCUAAGAAAAAAGAAGUCCACCCCAAAGACCGUUUAUGAAUCAGUCAUAGAGCAUGCAGGCACGGACAAAGGACCAGAGGAGACUCCAGAAGACAGCAACUAUACAGCACGGCUGGAGAAGAUAGUAGAUAAAAACACUAAGGGCAAGCACGUCAAGGUGUCCAACUCUGGGCGCUUUAAAGAACGGAAGAAAGUUCGGCCUUCGCUGAACGAGACCCCUGGACUGUGUCCUGAACCACCACAAGGACAAUGAAUCUGCUGUAAUGCUGGAUCUUGGACAACAUUCUGUGAAAGACAAUAUAGAAGCAGUGUACAAUGGCCCUUCUUAUUGUACUCUGGUCAUUUUGUACUACGCAGCCCUAUGGAAUGUAUAAUGCCUCCAGCCUAAACAUUGCCACUGAUUCUGUUAUGAAGGCUCUAAGAGUGAAAGAACCACCUGGCUCUACCUUAUGUUUACAGACACAUUCAAGAGUAAGGUUCUUUACCAACCAUGCGUUCCUUACCAACCAUGUGUAAAUAAAUUGACAUACUUGGACAUGUACUUCUCUGGCACGUAUUUUUAUAUACAGGUGCUUUGGAUCCACCAAUACGAGGUGCCCAAUAAAAUCUCAGGAAGUGAAGUGACGUGUAUGUAUCAGAACAUGUGCCACCUACACAUGCUUAAAAAUGCACAUUGUGUGUGUCCUUCAAAGGAUUAUUUUUAUACAGGUACUGGCAUUAUUCACUGUAAAUGUUUCUAUAUAAAACUACGUGGGAUUAUGUGCCCACUGCAAGCUGUUUGCAUCAAUAAUUGGUACUUAUUCUGUAUAUGAUUGGAUUAAUGUAUAUGUGAUCAUCUUUAAAACAAUCUAA